UCCUCUGCCAGACCAGCUGACGAGCACAGUUGGGGGGCCAGGCUGGGCAGAGGUGUGCAGGAAAAGGGAAACCACAGCGACAGAGGGCUGGGCCAGGUCAGAGGCUGCUGUAAAUUCAACUAGUCAGCCCAGACCUGUCUGGGGCUCAAGCCAGGCUGGGCUUGGGGCACAGAGGAAGCAAGACCAUGGCGAGGAAGAUGAGGCCUGUGCUGGGGAUGCUCUGUGCAGUCUGGGUGACUGCCCAUGCCGUCAUUGUGGAAACCCCCCGGAAUGUUCUCCGGGCUGCCCGGGGAAACAGCGUUACCCUUCCGUGCACCUACCACACUUCUGCCUCCAACCGCGAUGGAUUUGUGCAAUGGGACAAGCUUCUAAGGAGUCACUCGGAAACGGUGCUCAUCUGGAAAUUUUUGACCAAAACCCUCAUCAGUGGUGAACUUUACAAGGACCGAGUCAAUGUAUCUGGCAACGCUGAGAUCUCAGAUGCCUCCAUCACUAUAGGUCAGCUGACUAUGGAAGACAAUGGCACCUACGAGUGCUCAGUGUCACUGAUGGAGGACCUGGGAGGCACCCCAAAGUCACGUGUCCAGCUCUUAGUCCUCGUCCCACCCUCCAAACCGGAGUGCGGCAUCGAGGGAGAGACCAUCAUUGGGAACAACAUCCAGCUGACCUGCCAAUCAAAGGAGGGCUCUCCUGCCCCUCAGUACAGCUGGAGGACCUACGACAUCCUGAACCAGGAGCGGCCAGCCCCACCAGUCACAGGCCAGACUUUGUCUCUGAAGAACAUCUCCACAGACAUGUCGGGUUAUUACAUCUGCACCUCCAGAAAUGAGGUGGGGGAGAAGUCCUGUAACAUCACUGUGGCUGUCAGACCUCCCUCCAUGAACGUGGCCUUGUAUGCGGGCAUUGCGGGGGGCCUGGCUGCAGCCAUCAUUGUCAUCGGCAUUGUCGUCUACUGCUGCUGUUGCCGGGGGAAGGACGAGGCCAAGGACACAAGGCAGAAUCGGGCGGCCUACCAGAAGCCUCCAGAGCAGCUGAGAGAGCUUCAGACGGGGAGGGAAGAGGAGGACGACUACAGGCAAGAAGACGAGAGGAGCUACGGGCGGGAGUCCCCGGGCCACGCUGACCGGUGACUGGAGCACACUGCAGGCUGGGGUCGGGGGAAGAUUGCGGUUCAUGCCUCUGCUCCUGCCUCCCGUCUCCUCACCCAUUUUUCUGGCCCUCCGUCCCCGUCAUGGAUGGGAUGCCUCUUCCCCAUAUCAUCUGCUGGAGGACCUGGCUAAGGGGAUCUCGCUCGUGACUGACCCUGCCAAGUGCCCUCACCCAGGAAGUGACCUCUCCCUGCCGCCCGCCUAGCUCAGGGCCCUGGACCUCACCCUGGACCAGGCCACAGCCCCACCUUCCUCUGGAGCCGGGAGGGGGGGCUCCCAAGGCACAGCAUGGAGCGGGGCGCUCCCUCGAUUGGCCUCAGGAGGGCAGUGGCUGCCAACAGGUGCACACAGGGGGGGCGCCUCGGAGCGCCUGCCUGUGUGCGUAUUUGUUGAAUAAAAGAGAGAAUGAGUCCAGGAAGGACUCCCUGUGAUUUAUCCACCCUAAGUGAAAACCCCUGCUUCGGGACCCACUUUGGCCUCCGGCUCCCUUUCCAGUUCCUCCUCCCCGCUCCCCCGCCCCCCGCCCCAGAUUUCCCAUGCACUCCAGAAACUGCAACCUCCAACCCACUGCAUGCUUCCUCAGGGAUUCUGGCUUUCUCUCUCUACCUGCGAUGCCCAUGCAGUUUCUCUCCCUCUCCGCCCGUCCCAGCAGGCCCAUCUCAAAUCCCAGGGACUCCGGAUCGUCCCACACAUGGGAACAAUCUUGUCACCUUGUCCCACACUCAUCAUGGGCCACACGGCCGUUACCUGGGCAUUAGUCUCUCCCUAUACUGACGUCUGAGCUACCCCAGCCGCAUGACCCUCCUGGCAGGUGCUCACCCCAGCUGAAGUCGGGUCCCUGCUUUGGUAGGUUGAGUCUCCCCCUCCGUGGUCUCUGCGAUAUGUUUGUAGACUCACAACUCCCACCCAAACCCCCUUUGCUAGUUUAGGGAAGGAAGUACGCACUGCUUUAAGUGAACGCAUAUGUGUGCACACGGGGCAGCUUGUUCGAAGUAGGUCCCACAUUCUCACAUCACGAUCACUCCUCUCAAAGCUGGAAUAACAGGCAUGGCCACCCCUGCUUCCUGACACCUAACCCUGGCCCUGCCUGGCCCUGGCUCCGCUCUGCUGGUGGGUGGUCACCGUGCCACAACUCCUCUGCUGGCUGGGAGCUCACGAGACGUGUCCCGGCUUAGAGCUCGCGGCCCCCUGGCUAGUCUCACCCAAAUGCAGUUUCCUACUAAGUAAA